GCACAAAUUGGUGUGUCUUAGAUGCACCUUAGGGUUCCAGCUACCGGCGUUGAUGAACGUGGGACUGGGAGAUCGCAUUGCGGAGGAUCGAACCAUCAUUGGUGCAACCUAAUCUUCUAGCCCUGUCAGGGCCAAGCACCCUCCCUGAGGGUUGAGAAGAGCAGGCGGCAGUAUUCUCUUUCUCCCUUCUAUUCAUGUUCUGCAUUUCAAGACUGGCUUCGCUGUACUUGAUAGACCGUUCAAUUGAGCACCGACGUGCUGCACAAUGGUGGCCGAACACUUGACGAUUCGCAACCUUACCACAACCCCGAUAACCCUCAAGCUCAUUGAGCGUUUUCACCCCCAUAAGGAUCCUCGAGAUGACAUGCAAUUCUUGGCCAGGAAUUUCUCUCGAAUUCUAAGCAAUGUCACUCGCACCAAUGAGACCGUAGCCGCGAUUACUGAUGACAAUGAACCAUUUGCUCAUGAACAGGUUGAUAUUCAUGUGGAACCUUUCCAGACAGUCCAGACCGAAGUUCGUGCAUUCAUCGAUUCGGACAAAGAGCGCCUGCGCUGGAUCUUUGAAGCAGAGGGAGAGCGACAUCAGAUUCAGACACCGGUUCCUACGACGGAGUCUGCCGGAAUGAAGGCGUUGUGCGAUAAUCCUCGAUUUCGCUUCACUGCCGUCUACGUAACACCUGAAUCCCAUCUUGCAAUCUACUCCUCGGCCAAUCUGCAAGCAUGGAUGGGAGAGCUCAAAGAUAGCACAUUGCUCUCCUCGCUGUCCAUUCCAGGAACACACAAUUCUCCUACGUGCCAUGUUGCGGCUCCGUCUGUCCGCUGCCAAGCGGUCAGCCCGCGCGAACAGCUCCGAAAUGGUGUUCGCUUCUUCGACAUCCGCGUGCAGCCUCAGUUUCCCGAAGAUCCCUCCAAGGACGAGCUUAUCCUAGUGCACAGCGUGUUCCCCAUCUCCUUGACAGGCAACAAGUAUUUUCGCGAUCUGAUGCGCGAUGUUAAUGAAUUCCUCGACGAGAAUCCAUCUGAGACGCUCAUCAUCUCUCUGAAGCGAGAAGGCCCAGGAAAUCAUACCGAUGAACAACUGAGUCGGAUUGUGCGCGACCAUUAUGCUCGUCCAGAUAGCCGGUGGUACACGGAACCCAAAAUCCCUACCCUGGGCGAGGUGCGCGGGAAAGUUGUCCUGCUUCGCCGGUUCAACAUCAUAGAAGAGCUAAAGAAUGAACACGACGGCCGCGGCUGGGGCAUCGACGGAAGCGAUUGGGCAGAUAAUACUCCAAGCGCAACCUGCAGCAGUGGCCAACUCUGUAUCCAGGACUUCUACGAAGUCGUCGAGACGAAGAACAUCGACGUCAAGAUCAAAUAUGUAACGGAACACUGUGAUCGCUCCAGCGUGCACUGUUACCCGUUCGGUGCCCUCCCGGAUCCCGAAGCCAGCAAAGCGCAUCCAUUUUAUAUCAAUUUCCUCAGUGCAAGCAACUUCUGGAAGGUCGGAACGUGGCCCGAGAAGAUUGCAGCGAAGCUGAACCCGGCAACUGUUGACUAUCUUUGCCGGAGACACAGCGAUAAGGACGGUGACUGGUCGACCGGCAUUCUUGUCACGGACUGGGUCGGCCACGAAGGUGACUGGGACCUUGUGCGGUGCAUUGUUGGCAUGAACGCUAAGCUGAAGAUGAGACAGAUGAGAGAGGAGCAGGAACACUCUAACGGCGUUGCUUGAUUUGUGCUUUCACGCGUGCCCUCGUCGACACGGGCAGCCUGAUCAUGCAGCUGAUCAUUUCCCAUCAAUGCUUUAUAUGUUAUUAUGAUAUGUCAAUAAUUUGGUCUCAUACAUGCACCCAUGUAAGAUUGGAAAUACACUACACCGUAUGAGAGCAGAGCGGGAGGAACAAUAACUCAUCUCAAGGAAUGGAUCCUGAUUGGACAAAGCUAUGCUACUCAAGUUCGAGAAAUGUAACCGAACGAUUUUCCGAGGAAGUCUAAUUGAGAAGUACAAGAAAUAUUAU